CCCAAGGUUCAGAAGACUGAAACGCUUGUGAGAAAUGAGUGAUGAAACAAUUUCUCAUUGAUUGCCAACUCAACAACCACCUGCUUAAAAAUAAGAAUAAGAAUAAGAAUAAGAAUAAGAAUAAGAAUAAGAAUAAGAAUAAGAAAGAAACAGAGGGUUUAAUACUGGCUGUGCAAGAACAGGCACUAAGAACAAAUGCAAUAAGAGCAAAAGUAGAAAAAUCAACCACAAACAGCAAGUGCCGCCUUUGUAAAGAAGCAGAUGAAACAGUGGACCACCUAAUCAGCUGUUGUAAAAAGAUUGCACAGACUGACUUCAAACAAAGGCAUGACAAGGUAGCAGGGAUGAUACACUGGAACAUCUGCAAAAAAUACAAGCUACCUGUAGCCAAAAAUUGGUGGGACGAUAAAAUUGAAAAAGUGGUCGAAAAUGAAGAUGUAAAAAUAUUAUGGGACUUCCGACUACAAACAGACAAACAUCUGCCACACAAUACACCAGAUAUAACUGUAGUUGAGAAGAAAGAAAAACAAGUUAAAAUAAUUGACAUAGCAAUACCAGGGGAUAGCAGAAUAGAAGAAAAAGAAAUAGAAAAAAUCACCAAAUACAAAGAUCUACAAAUUGAAAUUGAAAGGCUGUGGCAGAAAAAGACCAAAAUAAUCCCAGUGGUAAUUGGCGCCCUGGGUGCAGUUUCAAAAGACCUUGAAGAGCACCUCAACACCAUAGGGGCCACAGAAAUCACCAUCAGCCAAUUACAAAAAGCAGCUUUACUGGGAACAGCCUAUAUUCUGCAACGAUAUCUAUAACAACUGACAAUAAAAUUCUGGCAUCCCAGGUCCUUGGGAAGGACUCGAUGUCUGGAUAAAACAAACCAGUCAAUAA